AUGAGUUUGGCGCCACGAGGACUUGCGCUGGGCUUCCUGCCAACCCGCGCCGCCUUCGCCAUCGCGACUGGCAGCAGUAGUGCCCUUGCAUGCAGUAUAACGCGAUCGUCAGGCAUGGCGCCGUGGACGAGCGCAGUGGCAAUGCUGCGGCUCAGCAGCGCAAACGGCCUGUCGACUACCGCUGCCAACGCUGCCAACGCUGCUGCCAACCCACUGCGCACAGCAUCCAUGCACGGAACCAAUGCAGUGCGAGCCAGCAUGAGCAGGGUUUGGUCGGCUGAACGCGUCCCACCGAGCUUUGUCUCCGCCACGCUGCUCCAUACAGCCACAGCAAGCUCGCUCCGUCCCACCGCGUGCACCACUGCUGCGUCAAGCCUCAUGCAAUUCAGGCAUUAUUCAUCUGGUCGACCCGGGUUUAUGCGCUCAAGCGAACACUGGCGCGAUCGACUUGCACGAUAUGCAAAGACGUCCUUCUACGGAAUCAUUGUGCUUGCCGGUGCCGGAGCGGCAGGUUACAUGCUGUGGAACGUCGCCUCCGAAAUGUUCAGUGAAGAAAGCGUCGGUCGGAUGUAUGCCGAUGCGCUUGAUCGCGUGCGAGAGAACGCAGUGAUUGCCAAGGUUGUCGGCCCCACGAUCAGCGGGCUUGAAGAAGGCCGUGGUCAACCACGAAUGGGCGUGCAACAGUUUGACUUUGAAGGUGUCACGCACACUCGCCUCAACUUCCCAAUCAAGGGUGAAAAGGGCGAAGCGACUGUUUCCGCAGAAAUGCACUCGGCACAUGGCGAGUACAUGUACCGGUAUCUCUACGUCGAAACGCCUGCUCCUCCCGGCAAGAACAAGAAGGCGAACGUGUACGUCAUCAUCCAACCACCUCCGGAGAAGAAGCCCGCUCCCCAAGCCAAGAAAGGCUGGUUUUCAUGA